UCUACCUGCCGUAUCCCUUCGCCACGGACGACUACUACAACACUUGCAAAUGCAGAGGCGAGAACUUCAUGAGGGCCAUGCACUCGUCUAGCUCAGAUGCCGGCAAGCUCUUCAAGCCAACUCGCGACUCUUCUGAGAGUAUCUUCACUGACACCGGCAAGUGUACAAUCGAUUCAAUUCGACGUGUACUAUAUGGCUAAUACCAUCACAGGCGACUUGUCUAUGUGGGCAUGGAGCGAUUCAUCAGUCUCUGCUAGUAGCUACAAGUUCGACAAAGCGUGGGGUGUGGAUCACGUCCUUCGUGCUGUAGGUAUCUCUGACAAGGCCACGAAGGACGGAGGCAGCAUACAAGUCGUCAAGGUCGCUCACGGUGACGCCGACGCCAAUGGCGGCGGCUACGGUCCUACUCCCUACAACAGCCAGCCGCAGUACACUGUCGGUGACAAGAGCUACCGCGUGACGGGUAGUGAAUACACCUUUGGUUUCGAUUCUAGCGGAGGUGAGUUCCACUGUCACAGCACUGGCGACGCAUCUAACGACUGGCUCAGUCCUUUUGGCCAUGGACCGCAAAUCGCCUCAGUUUGCAGGCAGCCAGCGAGUCCCCCCGGUGCAGGGCGAUGAGAUUCCAGAUCUGCACUCGUUCUCCGACGUCGCUUGGUUGAAGUGGAAAGCAGCCACUGGCACUGCACCCUCAUCCAUGCGCUACUUCAUGACGAUCGCCAUCACGAACCUCGACACGAGGGGCGUUAUAUCGAAGGUGCUCAGCAAGGCAUCAUACAGCGAAGUACCAGCCUGGCCCGGCCACGAUGUAGACGCCAACACAGAAGAGGGUGCAGCUUUGCUUGGCACGCCUAACGCUCUCGCGUUCAGCUA